CAACAAGUCUAAUCUUGGAUAGUCUCAAACAAGCUUUUUUGACAUAGAAUUCAAAUGACUAUUGCUGAAAUUAAUUUAAUAAUUUUUAAAUGAUUAUUUUGACAAAAAGUAGAGCAACUGUAAGAAAAGAUGAUUAGAAUGGCGAUGGAACACGUAAAGAAGCAUCCAGGGCUCAUCCCACAGUUCUUCUUCAUCUUGUUGGGAAUGGGAGGAGCCUCCUUGUAUUUGGUCCGUCUUGCAAAGGGGCCCCAUGUCACCUGGAACAAGAAGAACAACCCUGAGCCCUGGAAUCAGCUUGACCCUACCUACCAGUACAAGUUUGUGGCCAUCGAUACUGACUACAAGAACCUGAAGAAGGAGGGACCUCAAUUCUGAGUAUCUUCCUUCCUCUCCUAACGGCACCAGGUCCAGCCCGAAGAACGUCACUGAAGAAUUCAAAUCUGAGAAGAAUUUGUCUCUCAACGCUUCUAACGUAUACAAAUAUUGGGAGAUUGAACCAUAAUGUUGAUGAUCAAAUCUAUAAAUUUGUCUCUUUGUUUUAUCAUUAACACUUCAUUGUUAGUUUGACAGCCGCUAAAUUUAACAAUGAAUGUGCGCAUUAUGAAAAGAGGCAAGAGUGUGCAUAGAUUUGUUCACCAAAUUACAGUGAACAAAAAUAUAAAAAUGCAACAUGCAACAAUUUCAAAAAUGUUACUGAGUUACAGAUCAUAUAAGGACAUCAGUCAUUUGAAACAAAUUAAUCUGGCCUUUUGGAUUCUAGCUUGAAAUACACUUAUUCAUGUUACCAUACCAGAACUUAGUGAUUACUUUACAUGCAGGGUUGGGAAGGUUACUUUCUAAAUGUAAUCCGUUACAGUUACUAGUUACCUGUCCAAAAUUGUACUCAGUAACAUAACUUUUGGAUUACUAUUAGAUUACUUUCCCCUUAAGAGGCAUUAGAAGAAGACAAAAUGUAUGUUACCAAUUGAACGACAUCUAUUGCAGGAUAAAUCCAUGUUGAAGUUUACAUAGCUGGCCAUAUAUGGAUGUUCAAUUUUACUUUAUGGGUUGGUUAUGUAGGCUUCUUCUAACCCAUCGCUUUCUAUUACAUAUAAUAAUAUGAUUAAAUUAUAUAUUUACAUU